UGCGGACAUUGUGUGAAGUGCAACCUGUAAUGCUUCCAGCCACUAUUGUUUUCGCCCUUGCAGCAUUACACUCUAUAAUGUCCUGAGUUAAACUAGACGAUAAUUAAGUUAAUCUGUAGGCUUCUAGGCAUCACAGCUGUAGCAAUGACGUCGUUUACACAAAACUCGGGCUUCUGUCUUUAUGGAAGUUUGACAUCAUAUUUUCAAAAAAAUUAUACAGCAUGAAUAUAAUAGGUGUAUGCAUUUUGUGUUUGCGAGAUACCAAAAGAAAGAACUAAGUCCCCGUGAAAAGUGGCUGCUGUCGGUAACGUUAUUAGAGUGACAGUUUUGGAUGGUUAUUGUUAGUCCAUUAUGAUAGUGUUACUGUUGCGAUGGGAGGUUCCCGUGGUUGCUAAAACAACACCCCUAGGCUCUAGUCAGGCCGCAGGUGCACACUGUGGACUCUCACCCACCAGACGUGCAUAAGUGCGGACCAGCCGAAUUAUGUCAGUCCUGAAUACCUGAUUUCCCCGGAGAAGCUGGAAUCAGCGCCCAUGUGUGCGCUGGGAACUGUCAAUAAUAAAUCAGGGCCUUGCGUGCUGCAGUAGCUGGGCCAGGGAGCGCUGCCUGGGUUUCAAUGCGGAAGUGGAGGCCGGUCUUCAGGGUUGACAGGUCUCUCCAAACAGCGGCGAUUUUAAACUCAUAUUUGGUGACGUUUCGCGUACUGUGUUUCUGAGCGUGAGGGUUGUGUUGCAACGUCACGUGCGUCACGGCGUUCACGUCACGUCACGUACGUAGUCUCCCGUGGGACGUCAGGCCGUGCAGGGCAGCGCUCUACACAACACAGCACGGCAAGGCAUGAUGGCGGACUUCAGCUUCUCUGGCUUCACGGAGCACUUUGACGAGUCGAAAACGGGCCGGCACUCCCGCGGCUCGGGGCGCAGCGGCAUCCCCAGCCCCUCACACAGCGCACAUGCUUCCUUCUACCGCACACGGACUCUCAAGAAGCUCGCCGAGGAGAAGAGGGCGAAGAAGGUGCGGUUCUACCGGAAUGGUGAUCGCUUCUUCAAGGGGAUCGUGUACGCGGUGUCGCCCGAGCGCUUCCGGAGUUUUGAGGCGCUGCUGGCGGACCUCACCCGCACCCUGACAGAUAACGUCAACCUUCCGCAGGGUGUGAGGAUGAUCUUCACCAUAGAUGGCACCAGAAAAGUAUCCUCUAUAGACGACAUUGAGGAGGGGGAGAGCUAUGUCUGCGCCUCCUCUGAGAUCUUCAAGAGGCUAGAUUACACAAAAAACGUCAACCCUAGUUGGAUUUCUAACUUGAAGAAGAAGGACGAAUUUAACACGGGGAUGAGCCCCAAGGACAGACAACAGCAGGAGGAGAACAGAGACUACAUUCGGCCCAAACUCAUCACUGUUAUACGCCACGGAACCAAACCCAGAAAGGCCGUCCGCAUUCUCCUCAACAAGAAGACAGCACAUUCCUUUAACCAGGUUCUUAACGAUAUCACAUUGGCCAUCAAACUUGAUACUGGGAUCGUUCGAAAAAUCUUCACCAUAGGAGGAAAGCAGGUGACAUGUUUACAAGACUUCUUUGAGGAUGACGACAUCUUUGUUGCAUAUGGACCUGAGAAAUACUCCUCUGAUGACUUUGAUCUGGAGGGUGAUGAGCUGAAAACAGUGAGUCCAUACAAGUCUGUGGACAGGGGCAAGAGAGUUGGGCUGAGAAGUCCGUCACUGCGCAGAAGGAACCCAGACUCCAAUGGAAUGCCGCCAUCUCCCUCUGCCGCCCGCCGAGGAUCUCGACCGAAGAGCCCAGGGCCGUCAUCUCCACACACCCCUCGCAAGUUCAGUGUGCCGAGACCCAAGUCUCCAGGGACGCCCAGAAAGUCACCCAUCAGUGCAAGGUCAGGAGACAGCAAUGAAUAUCCUGAUGUUGAAAACAGCAUGCCAGAAAAGAACAUCCCUGUCCGCCUUGGGCAGAAGUAUGUGAUUGGGAAGGUGAUAGGAGAUGGCAAUUUUGCAGUGGUGAGAGAAUGUGUGCACAGGGCUUCACAACAUGAGUAUGCACUAAAGAUGAUCAACAAGGAGAAGUGCAGAGGAAAAGAGCAGAUGAUUGCUAAUGAAGUGGCCAUCCUGCGUGUGGUGAAGCACCCGAACAUCAUCCUGCUACUGGAGGAGUAUGACACACCCACAGACCUGUACCUCAUCAUGGAACUGGUCAAGGGAGGAGAUUUGUUUGAUGCCAUAGCCACAGCAACUAAGUACACGGAGCGAGAUGCCAGUGGGAUGGUCUACAACCUGGCCAGUGCCAUGAAGUAUCUGCACUCCCUAAGUAUCGUUCACAGGGACAUCAAGCCAGAAAACCUACUGGUGUGUGAGCAUGAAGAUGGGAGCAAGUCUUUGAAGCUGGGUGACUUUGGACUGGCCACUGUGGUAAAAGAGCCACUGUUCACUGUUUGUGGCACCCCAACAUAUGUGUCACCAGAAAUCAUUGCAGAGAUCGGGUAUGGUUUGAAGGUGGAUGUGUGGGCAGCAGGAGUCAUCACCUAUAUCCUGUUGUGUGGAUUCCCACCAUUCAGAAGUGACUCCAAUGAUCAAGAAGAGCUGUUUGACCAGAUCCUGUCCGGAGAUGUCAGCUUUCCAUCACCCUUUUGGGACGGCAUCUCAGAGUCAGCUAAGGAGCUGAUCUCCAGCAUGCUGCAGGUAGAGGCAGGGGAACGCUGUUCUGCUGCAGAAGUUUUGGAACACCCCUGGGUUGCUGAUGACACAGCGUUAGACACAGACAUGCAGCUGACAGUUUCCCGUAAGCUCAGCAAACAUUUCAUGAUGAAGCCCAAGUCCAACCUGAAGUCUGCAGGGAUCAGUUUGUUAGCUGUACUCCACUGCUCUUGACAAACAGUCCAAGUACUUUCAGGGUCGCCGUGGACAGUAUGUCGAGUCACCCGGCUCCUCCACCAGCGGAGAGAUGAUGUUCUGAUGCACCCCCCUCCCGCCAUCACAGAUGCUCAGCAAAGGUUCAGCCAUAGGUGGGGACAAUGACAAUGUCCUUGGUCCAAUUCUAGCUCAGGAUGUCUAUAUUAACUCUAUGGGCAGUCUAGUGACCUAGCAGCUGUAAAUCAUGUUGCAAGCACACAUUCCCUGUAUUUAUGAACAGGGUAGUAUCAGCUCUUUUGUACUGAAUGUUUGCAUGUGCUACAAAGUUGGGCAAGUUUUAGGCAGAGGAGAAAUAACUAUUUUGGCAAGUGAAGCUUCUAGUGUCAUACUUUCUACAAUGUUCAGAUUCCAGCUACAGAAGUGUAUGUGGCAAUAUAAACCAAACA